AUGGCGCUACGCCGGCUGUUGCUGAGCAGUGUCACUCUGCUGUGUGCAGUCACACAUGCCCAAUUCUUACCAGCAGCCGAAGGCAUUACAAAACUCGAUGUUCCAGAUUCUCCAGGAGUUUCGAUCGAGUACAAGGAGACGCACAUCUGCGACAUGACGGUCAAGGCCUACUCUGGACAUGUUCAUAUGCCGAUAGCAUACCUCCAGGAUAUCGAAACCUCGGACCCUUACAACAUAUCGAUGUUCUUCUGGUACUUUGAAGCCCGGGAAAGCCCUCAAACAGCACCGACAUCCAUAUAUCUGGCUGGAGGACCUGGGGUGUCAUCCAUAUUCGGUGCUGUCGUUGACGGAGGGCCCUGUUACAUUGGCGAUGAUGCGAACAGCACUGUGUUCAACCCUUACUCUUGGAACGAGAAGGUGAAUAUGCUGUACGUUGACCAGCCAGUCGGCAGUGGCUUUUCGUACGACAAGCUGGUGGAAAGCACAUACAAUUUAAUCUUCACGGGCAGUGACGAUCCGACCGACACAGGCAUACAAUCGAUCGAGUCAUGGGGUCAUGAUCUCCCGCCCGAGAACACCACAUUCAAGUACGGCACACUUCCAUCGCAGAACAUCCAGCAUACCGCGAACACGACAGGCGUUGCAGCAGUCACUCUUUGGCACUUUCAACAGGUCUGGUUCAGCUCGUUCCCGGAGUGGAAGACAUGCGACAAGAGCGUAUCCUACUGGGGCAACUCUUAUGGCGGGUUCUGGGUGCCAGCAUCGGCGGCAUUCACUGCCAAACAAAACAAAAAGAUCAAGCGUGGAGAAGUCAAUGGCACUGUGUUGGAGGUUUCAACGAUAGGCAUCACGAACGGCUUCAUCGACGCGCUAUACCAGGCCAAAUUCUACCCAGAGAUGGGAUACAACAAUACCUACGACCUCAAGAUGAUCAACAAGACGACGUACGAGGAGCUCAAGGAGCUCUACGCGGCGCCAAAGAAAGGCUGCCUCGACCGUAUGCUAGCCUGCAGAGCGGCUGCAGCGAAGCACGACCCUCGAGAAUUCGCCAUCAACCAUAGGGUCAACGCAGUCUGCAACAAGGCACAGCAAGCAUGUGUGCCGCUAUUGGCCAGUCAGGGAUCGGAACGCAAUCCUUUCGACUUCGGACAUCUGCUGCCGGACCCGACACCACCGGUCACAGCGGACGGUUUCUUCAACCGUGAGUGGGUGCAGAAGGAGCUCGGUGUGCCGUUGAAUUUCACUUCGGCUUCCAACGUCGUUAGUGCUGCUGUUUUGGGCACGGCGGGCGACAUCUUCCAGAGGGCUGGUAUGGCGGAUGUUGAGUACCUUCUCGACCAGGGCGUGAAGGUCUCGCUCAUCUAUGGUGAUCGUGACAUGCGGUGUCCGUGGAUUGGUGGUGAGGCGAUCAGUUUGGUGGCCAACUGGACGGGUGCCGACGAGUUCCGGGCGGCUGGCUACGAGUACAUUCAGACGAAUGCUAGCUAUCAGGGCGGUGUGUUUCGUCAGCAUGGCAAUCUGUCCUUCUCGAGGGUGUUCGAUGCUGGGCAUGAGGUAUCCUACUACCAACCCGAGACUGCUCUUCGCAUCUUCAACCGCGCCAUGUUCAGCACGGACAUCGCCACCGGAAAACAUUCUACAUCUGGCCCAUACAACAUCUGCAGCACAAUCGGACCUUCGAGCAGCUGGCACAUCAAGAACGUCCUGCCAGACAUACCGCCGGUAAAUUGUAACCUCUGGGCCGUGCCGACGAGCUGCACCAUGGGACAGCUCUAUGCCCUUCAGAAUGGUACGGCAGUGAUUGAUGAAGGCUUCAGGAUCUUGCAGCCGGAUGGUAGUGAUGGUGUUCCGAUCCGGUUCAGUUUUGGUUUGUAG